AUGGCUUAGUCAUCUAAAUUAUCUCCUUUGGGUUUGCCGUUCGGAUAAACUCAUAUGCCUCACCCAAGAUUUAAUCUGUUCCACAUUGAUAACUAAGAGAUUCAUUUGUAUCAAAUUUAAGCAGGUCUAUUUGUUGAUAAGCCAAAUGUGAAGCAAUUGGAUAGUGGAAAUUUACAUUUGAAUAGUAGAUCAAUUGUAUUUGAUAAUGAUAAGGUCUAAGAUCCUUUGGUAAAGCUAAGAUUUAAUUAAUAAUUCACAAUUGAACAAUUUAAUGGUGAAUAAAUGACAAGUCUCUUCAAUCAUUAAUCCAACAAUACUAGCAUCAAUCUUGCUAACAAUAAUUUCUUUUCAGCUAAUAACAAAAAUUAACAGUAGCACUCAAUAAUCUAAAAUUAAGAAGGAAUUCCUCAUUCAUCAACUAAGCAGCCCCUACUUCUAAAUAAAAUGAAUCAACCUCUUAAUACAAAUAAAUACACAUCUCUACCUUAGUCUGCAACAAAUAAUAAUACAAAUAAUGGUUUCACAAAUUAGUAGACUCCAUAUAAUGAUAAUAAUACAAAUAUUCACGAUGGUCUGGCUUAAUCCUAGUAGAAAAAUGAUGGUAAAGGCCAAAAACUUACUAUUAAAAAGCAAGUUCUUUAAAAAUCAAAGAAUAGAACUACAGAUUCUAUUGGUUCAGUCUCACCUUCAAAAACAUUUAGACCUCAAAUAUAGCAAUAAACAUUUGUCAGUCUUGAGAGUACAUAAAAAUAACAAUUCCUAAGGGAGUUUUAUGUGUUUAUAACUAAUAAAUUGUCUAGUUAGCAUCUUGGUAUGUUAGAAAAUCAAAAUAACGCCAAUAUAAGUACCUCCUUUAUCCAAGAAAAAAUCUUUGAGAUGCAAAUCUUACUAAUAACUGUGAAAUAAGUAAUCAAAAUUCCAAGAAAGCCACCUGGACCACAAUAUCUGGAUUAAGACUAAAAAAGCAAGCUUAAUUAAGAUAAUCAACCUAGGUACCUUCUAUUUGUUCUAUUAUAAGAAGAGCCUAUAAGAUCUCAGUUCAUAAAUAAUCUUAUGCAAUUUACCUAGCCAGAUACCCUAAGUCAAGGACAAGGGUUAUAUCUGUCAGAAGAUGAUAUAUUACGCAGAUAUAUAGAUAAUGAGAAAAAGCGAUACUUAGAAUAUAUCAAGCACUCUGAGAAGAAUGAUAAAAGCUAGAAAUUUUUAAUUAAGUAGAUAGUUAAAAGAAUUACGAUUGAGGGUGAACAUACCUAUUUGAUGCUUUUAAGAUAAGAUGAAAGCAAGUAAUUUAGCAUAUAACUUAUUCCGAUAAUGAAUGCUCCCUUUUAAGCCAAUUAAAUUGAUAUCAAUAUGGACAAUAUUAAGUUUGCUCUCACAUAUAGAUUUAUGUUCGAAUAUCAUUCCAUUAGAUUAGUCACUCAUUUUACUUCAGACGAAUUUAUAGUUACAUUCUAAACAAAAUAGCAAUAAGAAAAAUGUCUUAAUCUGAUAUUGAAACAUUCACCAAAUCUAUAAAAUCAAGUAAUUGAGAAUGUUUAGUAUUUCCAGGUAAGCUGGGCUAAUGGCUAAAUUUCUAAUGGAGAUUACUUACUUUACAUUAAUUUUAUCUCACACAGAUCUUUCAACGAUUUAACCCAAUAUCCAGUUUUCCCUUGGAUCAUUUAAGAUUAUAAAAAUGAUCAAUUAAAUUAUUCAAAGCAAUCAAUCACAUUCAGAGAUUUAUCUAAGUAACUAGGUGCUCUUUCACCAGAUAAAUUGGAUUAAUUCAAAUCUAAAUACUUUGAAAUAAUAAAUAAGUCUUCUACGCUGGUUAAUACAUACCCUCAUAGUGGAAUUAACAGCGGAACAUUAGGUUCAGUAACUGAAUCUGAGAAACCAUAUAUGUUCUUAAGUCACUAUUCAACACCAGGUAUUGUACUCUACUAUCUUAUAAGACAGGUUCCUUCUUACAUCCUAAAAGUUUAGAAUGAAGGAUAUGGUGGACCACCGGAUAGAAUAUUUUUUGAUAUUGGCUCAUCAUGGAGUAAUGGUAUGAAGGUCUUAGCUGAUAAUAAAGAGUUAAUUCCAGAGUUUUAUUUCGGUGAUGGAAGUUUCCUUCAAAAUUUAAACUAACUUGAACUUGGACUGAAUAAUUUGGAAGAGCAAGUUAAUCAUGUUACCCUACCCCCUUGGGCUAAAUCUCACUAAGACUUUAUUAUCAAAAAUAGAGAAGCCCUAGAAUCAAAUUAUGUCUCCGCAAAUCUUCACAUCUGGAUAGAUCUAGUAUUUGGACAUCUAUAGAAAGGAGAGAAGGCCUCAUUUGCAAAUAAUUUGUUCUAGCCAACUUCAUUGGAGGAUAAUGUAGAUUUUAGUCAGAUAUCAUCCCCACUCGAAAGACUCGCAUUAGAAGCACAAUUAAGAAAUUUUGGCCAAUGCCCAGUGCAAGUGUUUUAAUAGCCUCAUUUAGAGAGAUAAUUAAGGUAAAUAAGUUUAAAGAGUAGUCCCUCAAAUUAAUAAAAUAAUCAAAAUAACAUGCAAGAUCAAGGUGGACUAGAAUAGUAAUGUGAGCUACAAUUAAAUGAAAUUUAGAACUUAAAAAAAGCUUUUGAUGAUAUUAAUGAAAAAAACGAAGAAAAUCUAAUGAAAUAGAUGCAAGAAUUUAAAUUUUUGGACGAGAAACACAGACGUAGAAUAACUAGGUAUCGUGAAGAUAGUGAUAAGCAAAUAGCUAAAUAUAUUUAGAUGGUUACAUUCUUGAAGCAGCAAAAGAAAUAAAUUAAGGACGAGCUUGAUCAUUAGAAAGCAAAGGAGACUGAAUACAUGAUGACGAUUGACAACCUUAAAUUGCAAUUAUAUUAAUAACAGUAGACUUUGCAAUUUUCCCAGCAAUCUCAUAGCAGAGGAGUUAUUGGAAAUUUUAUGGGAUAAGACACUGGUAAAUAACCUCCAAUGAGUGCAUAGAUGAGUAGAUUGAUUGAAAAGAAGCCAGCUACAGCUGAAUACCUAAAAUCAUUAGAUACUGGUUAGUUUAGUACUCUCAACGAAAAAGAUGUUGGAAAUGUAGCUAAUUCAGGCCAUAAGCCAUAUAUCCUUUAGUAAGCCAAAGGUGGGUUGGAUAAAAAGAAAUCUUAGUAAUUAGCUGGUGCUUCUACUAUAGCGAAUUCUAGGUUGGGCAUUGUCACUUCUGACUCUCAUAAUAGUCAUUAAAUAGGUUAAUUAGGCAUCAGAAAUAACUAGAGCGUAAUUAGCAAUUCCUAGUAAAAUAAUGGCAACAAUAUCAAUCUAAAUACAAAUAAUAGCAAUAAAAACCAAAUAAAGCCUAAGAUUAUCAAUAAUUAGCAGUGA